AUGGCUGUGAAAGCAAGGAAUGAGGAAAGCCAUGAAGAACUAACUGGGUUGGGUUGUUUCCUUGAUGCCACUGGCACUGGCACUGGCACUGGCACUGGCACGAGCGCAGGCGAGGGCGCAGGCGCAGGAAUGAAGGAUGGGAUCAUACUCCUAUUUGCAUGGAAGGUUGUAGGAAAGCCAUAUAAAAUAAAAGUCACAGUAAAUAUCUUUGAGAGGCUUGUAUGCAACGUUAAGUUUCAAGCAUAA